AUGCGCUCUCGCUCCCUUGAUGCGUCUCCUCGCAAAAACCCCAAAAGCCCUUCUUCUUCUUCCUCCUCCUCUUCCACCAUUAGAGCCUCUCCAACGAGCUCUCUCCUCCUCCCAUUCUCAUCACCCCCUUACCACCGCGUCCGAGGAAGGAGACGACGCCGAUCCCGUAGCCCUAAUCCUCGCCCAGGCGUCCCCCUCCUCAAUGCCGCGCUCCACCGCCUCGUCUCCCUCGACCUCGACCGCGCCCGCCGCUUCUUCCGCUCCGCCAUCGCCCGCCGCGCCGACGCGCGCACCUACGCCAUCCUCAUGAACGGCCUCUGCCGCACCAACCGCAUCGACGAGGCCUUCAAGCUCCUCCGCUCCAUGAAAAGAGCGAACUUGGAGCCCAGCGUCGUCCUCUACAACACCCUCGUCCACGCCCUCUGCCGCGGCGGCAAGGUCGGCCGCGCGCGGAGCCUCUCCAGCGCCAUGGACGCCGCGCCCAGCGCCGUCACCUUCAACAUCCUCAUCUCCGCGUACUGCGCCGCGGGCGACCCCGUCAGGGCCAUGGUCAUGCUCGAGAAAAGCUUCGACCUCGGCUUCAUCCCCGACGCCAUCGCCGUCACCAAGCUCGUGGAUUUGCUCUGCACCCGCGGCCGCGCCGCGGAGGCCGUAGAGGUCUUAGACAGAGUGGAGGAGAAAGGUGGAAAGGUCGACGCCGUGGCGUACAACACUCUGAUCAAGGGCUUCUGCUGUGCGGAGAAGCCGCAGGUGGGCCUGAGGGUUCUCAGGGAGAUGGAGAGGAAAGGGGUUCUCGCCAACGUGCGCACCUACAACAUACUCAUCUCAGGGUUCUGCAAUGCUGGAAAAGUGGAAGCCUCUUCAGAGCUCUUCAGUGAGAUGAGGAACGAUGGGAUUAGUCCCAAUUUCGAAACUUUCGAUAUGUUGAUUCGCGGGUUGUGCUCUAAUGGAAGAGUCGGCGAUGGAUUGGACCUAUUGGCUAUAAUGCAAGAAGAGAGAGGGGAUUAUGGAAACAGGAUUAGUCCUUAUAAUAGCAUUCUUUAUGGGCUUUACAAGGAAGGGAGAGUCGAAGAAGCCAUUGAGUUUCUUCAUAGGAUGGCAAGUGCUUUUCCUAGAGCUGUCGAUAAAAGCUUGACGAUACUGCGAUUCUGCGAAUUUGGCAAUGUGGCAGAAGCCAAGUUAGUCUAUGAUCAGAUGGUUAAGGAAGGGGGAGUUCCGAGCGCGUUGGUUUACGCUGGAUUAAUCAAAGCUCUGUGCGAAGAGCGAAGGACGAGGGAAGCAUUUGAUCUGUUGAAUGACAUGAUGGGCACGGGCUUGUUUCCGCUCGUUUCGAUGUUCAACGCUUUGGUUCGUGGUUUCUGCGACAAUGGCCAUUGGAGGAGCGCUUCGAAGCUGCUAGAGGAGAUGGCGCGGAGGGGUUGCGCUCCUGAUGCAGGUAGCUAUGGUGCUUUGAUUGAUGCUCUUUGUAGGCAACAAGAGUCUGAUAGAGCCUGUAGUUACUUGGUUGAGAUGGCGAAUAGGAGUAUAAUUCCUGAUCAUUCAACUUGGUAUUCCUUGCUUAACAAUGUCACAGCAUGCAAUGAAAUUAUUGAUGUUGUUGUAUCUGGUUGAGUUGAUGAUUGAGUUAGCAUAUACAUGUAUGUUGUGAGUAGCAGUAUCUAUAGAUUUUAAUUUGUUCCAGUUAA